CUGUGUGGAAAAAAGCAGUUUUCCUCACCUGCACUUCUUUGCCAAUGAAGAAGACCGAUUUUUCAGGGGUUUUUUUCUGUAUUCUGACAGUACCUCUUAUGAACUAGUUACUAGUACAUCUUGCAUGGAAGUUGGCCAGAGACAUAAGAGAUUUUACUCAGCACCUGGCAGUAGUACUCUGACCUUGUGCAGAAAAGUCAAGUUUCAUCUGUGUUUUACUAUUCAUGAGAGGCACGAGUUCAGCUCUUGCUCAGUGAUGAAGAGGUCCCAAAUAACCAUGCAUUUUACUGUCCUGCAAAGCAGAGUACAUAGGGGUUUUCAGCAUCCUGAGAGGAUUUGGAGAAAAACAGAAAACAUGGAGAAAAUGUGUGCCUUUUGCAAUAAAGCAAGAAUGGGAAUGUUUUUGAAUAGUCUUUUUGUUUUUUGUUUGUUUCAGGUUUACACUAUCAACUUGGAAUCUCGCUAUAUACUUAUACAAGGAGUUCCUGCAUUAGGUGUUAUGAAGGAAUUAGUGGAACAAUUUGCAUUGUAUGGUGCCAUUGAGGAAUAUCAUGCUUUAGAUGAAUAUCCAGCAGAGCAGUUUACUGAAGUGUACCUUGUAAAAUUCAAAAAACUGCAAUGUGCAAGGGUGGCCAAGAAGAAAAUGGAUGAACGAAGUUUCUUUGGUAGUUUGCUGCACGUGUGCUAUGCUCCAGAAUUUGAAACAGUCCAAGAAACUAGAGAGAAGUUGCAGGAUAGAAGAAAGUAUAUAGCAAAAGCAACAAAUCAAAGAGAUUGCUUUAUGUUAAAGAAAGUAGAAGGCCCUAAGAAGACAGCCUCAAAUAAUUCUGAGCAUGACUGUCCAUGGAGUACAUCAGGAUCGAGUAUAGCCAGUAACUGGGAUCCAUCCUGCUUUACAAGUUCUCCUGGGGUAUCCCACAACACAGCAUAUCCAUCUGGGAAUCAGAAUCAGAGCCUGUUAUCACCUCCACACUAUGAUAACAAUUGUGCUGAAAUUUCUGGGUACUUGGCUCAAAACACAUUUUUAACUCCAAGUGUACAUCCAGGAGUGUGCACUCCACCAGCUUCCUUAAUGCAGCACAGAAAGGUUCCAGCUUGCAAUGGAAUUGACAGGUUUAUGCCUCGUACAACUCACCUGCAGGAACGUAAGAGGAAGAGAGAAGAAGGUAACAAGUUUUCCCUCAUUGGAACAAGUGAGGACAAUACUGAAGUUGUUAUUGGUCCACAACUACCAGAAAUACCUAAAGUGGAUAUGGAUGAUGAGUCUUUGAAUACUUCAGCCACAUUAAUUCGAAAUAAACUGAAAGAGGUAGCAGAUUCUGUUUCAACAUCUGUGGAAAAGCCAGAGAGCAGCUCAGCCAAACCAGUUGUAAAGCAGAGAAGAAGAAUAUAGAUACUGCUGGCAGCAUCUUCCAACAGUCCUUUUGUAAAGAAUAUAGUUUAAAAUAUGUAUUUUUAAUGUAAAAAAUAAAACUUUAUUUAUACUGUAUUUCCCAGUUAUUCCUUGUUUAAAAUGGUGUCAUUUUGUUACUUGGAAUGAAGAAACCAAUAUACUGUAUUAUUGUUGCAGUGUUGUCCCGUGUACCUCAAAUUGUAACACAUUAUAAAAU